AUGAAACUCGAUGCCUACGACAUGGUUAUUAAACACCGUCCUGGUGAAGCCAAUUCUAAUACCGAUACUCUUUCCAGAUAUCCUUUAAAAUCUGAGGUCGUAGUGGUCCUACAAACGAAUGAUAUUUGUAUCGGUCCUCUAGAAGAAAAUCAAGAAGUUGCUGUUAAUCAUUGGGACCAUUGUAAUAUUUCAGAUGAUAUAAAGUUGGCUCAAUGCCAGGAUAAAAAUUAUAGCCCCCUUAUUUCAUUUAUUCAGGAUGAUAUUCAGCCUGAUGAUGAAGUUUUACAUCGAAAAUUCGAAAAUCUUGCCAAACCCAUAUUAAUGGGUUCGAAAAUUCUAAAAUUAACCCAUGAUCAUCCAGUUUCAGGUCAACUCGAACGCCGGAAAACCCUACAUCGAAUAUCGAUUCGCUUCUUUUGGGAAGAAGUUGAUGUUCUUGAUGAAUUACGAUCAUCCGGUGAAGUACAGGUCUAUACGGAACGUCUGACAGCCAUUUUAGAGUUUGCGCAUGAAUCGGCUAAAGAGAAUCUUGGAAUAGCUCGAGAAAAUCAAAAACCAUCCUACGAUUUAGAUCGUAAAAAUGUACAAUUUGCCGUAGGCAAGAAGGUUUUGAUGGCAAAUACCGCUGGUUCCGCUUUAGGUAAAUGGGUGACGCCUAAGUUGGCCGCUAAAUUCAUCGAUCCUUAUCGUAUCGCGAGAAAAGUCGGUCCUCUAGAUUAUGAGCUAAUAUCUGAAGAUGAUGGCGCUGUUUUAAGUCCGAUUCACGUUGAACGGCUUAGACCAUAUCAUGAACAGAGUUCUCUAAUCUGA